UAACAACCAGCAGAGACACGCUCUGACCGCGCAGCGGUGCUUUUGCGCUGUCAAAUUCUCAUGGGAAUGCAUUUCCGUAUGCAAUUGUUGCUCUGCUGGGGCUCGGUCGCUGCGUUCACGACGCCUGCGCUUCGUGCCACCCUGAGGCCAACAAGCUCUCUGGCAGCACAGAACGAUGACGAGCGGAUGUAUGAAUACUACAAGAAGAAGUGGUCGAAAGCGGCCGCCGACGACUGGCUUGCGGGACGCCAACGAGAUCGCGGGGCUUACUCGGAGAAGAACGCGAAACGCUUGGGCGCGCGACCAGGCGAGGAAUACGACUUAGGCUCUGCGAUGGACGCGAACACCGACGACACCAUCACGAAGAUCAUUGCUGGCGCCGCGAUUGUCUCGAUCAUCACGGGGCUCUUCUUCGGCGUGUUGCAGCCGCUUCUCGCGCCGCCGACAUUCACCGGCGACGACGGCACCGUAUACAUGAAGAGCGCGGACGGGUCUUUUGUAGAAAAGUAACAUAGAGGAAAAUA